AUGUCUUCAACAACACCUUAUAUCGAUUUACUGAAAGGGUCGCCCGCCACGGCGCUUCUUCCCACCCAGCGCCUAAGGGAUGCUGCGGUAGCAGCCUUGUCGAAGCCGGAAGUCACAGUAACCGGCUUGGACUACGGGCCGGAUGAAGGUCACUUUCCACUCAGGACUCACCUUGCCGAGUGGCUGACGGCAUACUACAAACCCUCUAAGCCAAUUCAAGCGGAUCGCAUCUGCAUAACCGGAGGAGCGAGCCAGAACUUGUCGAAUAUCCUGCAAGUUUUUACUGAUCCAUCGCAAACAAGGCACAUAUGGAUGCCACAGGCGACUUAUCAUCUUGCAUUUAGGAUUUUUGAGGAUGCAGGGUUCUACGGGAGGUUAAGGGCUGUUCCUGAGGAUGAGGAGGGGAUGGACAUGGGGUUUCUUGAACAUGAUCUCGCUAAUGACGAGGCAGUUGCAGAUAGGGGAGUGAAAUACAAGCGUGAUGAACGCUACAGGAAGAUAUUCAAACAGGUCAUUUACUGCGUGCCCAAUUUUUCCAAUCCCACAGGCGUCACCAUGUCUCUUAGGAGGCGAGAGGCUCUCGUCCGUUUAGCUCGCAAAUUCAAUGCUCUAGUAAUUUGCGACGACGUCUACGACUUUCUACACUGGUCUGCCGCUCAUUCUUCAGAUAAUGGAAAUUCAUGGAGAUCCACGCUCCCUCGCGUCCUGGAUUUAGAUCGCACGCUUGAUGGUGGACCACGGGAUAUCUUCGGUAACGUCGUCAGUAGUGGGACAUUUAGCAAGAUCGUUGCCCCUGGCUGUCGCGUUGGAUGGGCCGAGGGAGAGCCUCAACUAGUUUAUGGCUUGUCACAAGUAGGCUCUACAGUGUCAGGCGGCCCUCCAUCCCAACUCAUGUCGACCUUCAUUGAUGAAAUGCUUCAAGAUGGUUCUGUCACGAAGCAAAUAAAAGAGGUGUUAAUCCCGGCAUACUCUCGCCGACACUCCAUUAUGAUAUCGGCGGUCAAGGAGAGACUGUCUCCUCUUGGAGUGGAGAUACAUACAGAUGCAAGUGACCCAUUGUAUGCUGGAGGCGUUUUUGUCUGGGUCAGGUUACCCCGGCCACUCACUGCUCCCAAUGUCACCGAAAGAGCACUGCGGGAGGAGAAUCUGAUCGUCGGCAAUGGUGACAUUUUUGUCGUCCCUGGUGAUCAAUCUUCAUCUCAACAUGAAUGUUUGAGGCUUUGCUUUGCUUGGGAGGACGAAACUGAUUUGACCGAGGGAGUCAGGCGGUUAGAGAAGGUGCUGAUCAGGAUGCUUAAUGAAGUAAAGAGCUGA